CCGCCGCGCGCGUCCCGCAGAAACAGCCGUGCUGCGCGUGCGCGUGCCGCGUGUCAUCGUGUUGUGAUGUGGUGAAGACGCCAAGAUGGCGGCCAGCAGCGCAGCAUCAUCGAUGUGUCAGUUCUGGAAGGGCUUCGACUUGCAGCAGCUGCAGCGAGAGCUGGACGGCAGCGCCACACUCCUGGCCAGCCGGCAGGACGACAGCGAGCAGUCCAGGAAGAGGCUCAUCGAGCAGAGCCGCGAGUUCAAGAAGAGCACGUCAGAGGAUCUGAGGAAGCAGGUGUCUCCGCUGCUGAAGAGCUUCCAGGCCGAGAUCGAUGCGUUGAGUAAGAGGAGUAAAGAGUCGGAGACGGCCUUUCUGAACGUCUACAAACGGCUGAUCGAUGUGCCGGACCCGGUGCCGGUGUUGGAGCUGUCUCAGCAGCUGCAUCUGAAGGUUCAGAGGAUGCAUGACAUCGACACGGAGAACCAGAAGCUGCGUGAGACGCUCGAGGAGUACAACAAAGAGUUCGCUGAGGUCAAGAACCAGGAGGUCACCAUUAAGACCCUGAAGGAGAAGAUCAGGGAAUAUGAGCAGAGCGUGAGGAACCAGGCGGAGAGUCUGGCCCUGGAGAAACAGCAGCAGAUCCAUAAAGACUACGCCGAGAAGGAGAGGAAGUUCCAGGAGUCACAUGAGUCUCUGCUGUGUAAACUACAGGAAACUGAACUCAAAGCUCAGAGCCUGCAGACAGCUCUUGAACGCACUCAGACGGAGCUUUUUUACCUGAAGACUAAAUAUGACGAAGAGUCGACUGCAAAGGCUGAUGAGAUUGACAUGGUGAUGACGGAUGUGGAGCGAGCCAAUCAGAGAGCAGAUGCUGCUGAGAGAGAGGCUGAAGCUCUGAGAGAGCAGAUCAGAUCCACACAAGCGCCGACCCGCACGGACAACACGCCGUACACGCAGGACGAGUGUGCGGAGCUGGUGCCGCGCUCCAGUGUGGAGGCGGAGCUCAGUGCGAAGGAGCGUGAGAUGCUGCAGCUGGUGGAGGAUGUUCAGAGACUGCAGGCCAGCCUGUCCUCGCUCAGAGAGAGAUCCGACACACACUCCAGCCGACUGCAGCAGCAGCUCCAGGACAAGACCACCGCGCUCCAGCAACUGGAGGAGAAGCUGCAGACGCAGAUGGACUAUGAGGAGGUGAAGAAAGAGCUCAGCAUCCUGAAGUCGAUGGAGUUCGGGCCGUGUGACAGCGCCACAGUGCAGGAUUCAUGCAAGCCGUUGGAGGUGCUGCUGCUGGAGAAGAACCGAGGCCUUCAGUCGGAGAACGCGUCUCUGCGCAUCGCUAGCACUGAGCUGAGCAGCCGGUACGCGUCUCUACAGCUGGAGUUCUCUGCAGCGGUGAAGACCAGUGCUGAUCAGAAAGACCUGAUCCUGAAACUGGAGCAGGACCUCAGCACCAUCCAGACGAUGUCACGGCCCGACGCUGAGGGUGCGGACAGCAGCGCAGUGAUCGUCCCGGAGCCCAUUAAAGAGGCCACAGCUCUGUUCUCAGGUGCUGGCGGCUCUCUUCAGGCGGAUCUUCCUCAGGGUCAGAUGGACUCUCUGCUGUCCAUCAUCUCCAGUCAGAGGGAGAGGUUUCGCCUGCGCAACCAGGAGCUGGAGGCCGCGAGCGGAUCCCUACAGCAGACCUUACAGGCUCUUCAGAGCGAGCUGGACAGUCUGCGGGCCGACAACAUCAAGCUCUACGAGAAGAUCAAGUUCCUGCAGAGCUACCCAAGCAGAGCUGGAGACAGUGAUGAUACAGUGAUGCGCUACUCGUCUCAGUACGAGGAGAGACUCGAUCCCUUCGCCUCCUUCAGCAAAAGGGAGCGUCAGAGGAGAUAUCAGAGCCUCAGCCCGUGGGACAAAGCCACGCUCAGCCUGGGUCGUGUUAUCCUGUCCAAUAAGACGGCCAGGACUGUGGCGUUCUUCUACACACUGAUCCUGCACUGCCUCGUCUUCCUGGUGCUGUAUAAAACCGCCUGGAGUGAGAGUAUCGGCCGGGACUGCGCUGCAUUUUGUGCGAAGAAGUACUCGGAUCACCUGCACCAGUUCCAUGAGAACGGAGACACCUGGCAGUAGCUCUUCACAUCAUCACAUUAGAUGACAUCAGAAUCAGAGGUUGUCAUGAGUUAUUGGGACCAGGACCGUUGGGAGAAUAGUUGGUUAAACUUGAUUAAAUAGACAGCAGGUGUAAA